UUUGUGGUGUGGUUUCAUUUAUUAUGUCAGAGACUAACUCCUUUAUGUAGCUUGUUAAAACUGAGGCCGUGACGUUGUGGUUGCUUUGUCUCGCGAGAGUUGGCACUGGUGUUCAGUGUAAACACGACUGAACCAGUGUCAGGAUCUGAGCCAUGUUGGUGCAGUCAGCCAUACUGAACCGCCAUGUAGCUGAAAGCUGCUGCAGGGUGUUGUGUGGUUUAUCUCGACCGCUCGUCCACAUAAGAUCAGUCCAUGUAGCUGAGCCGGGCACAAGAAGAUCUGAUGAAGAACAGCCCUGGGAGGCAGGAGGUGACCUGCCAUUCUCCAGAGCUAAGAUAGGAUCUUUCUUCCAAGAAAAGCCGGUGUUGAAGAACCCAUUUCUAGAGGAUGCCUUGCUCAGAGGAUAUCUGAGGAGACACCUGCCCCAGGAGGCAUUUUUCUCAGACCUGUGUGCAUUUGGAGAGCGUGUGGCCAAUGAGGUGGACGAGUGGGGCAGAGAGUGUGAGGUUACGCCUCCACGGCUGGCGCACUUUGACUCCUGGGGUCGCAGAGUGGACCACAUCGUGACCUCUCCGGCCUGGAAACGCAUGAAAGAGCUGUCAGCGCAGGAGGGACUGGUUGCCAUUGCUUAUGAGAGAUCAUUUGGGGAGUGGAGUCGUGUGUACCAAAUGAGCAAGUUGUACAUCUUCUCUCCCUCGGCUGGUCUCUACACCUGUCCUCUGGCCAUGACUGAUGGAGCUGCUAAAGUCAUCCAGUCUCUAGGUGUUUCAUGGUCGGUAGAUGAAGCCUACAGUCGUUUGACCACCCGUCAGCCUGAACGUUUCUGGACGUCUGGACAGUGGAUGACAGAAAGACAGGGAGGAUCUGAUGUGGGCAGUGGCACGGAGACGGUGGCUGUUCCCCAGGCAGACGGUUCAUACAAACUUCACGGCUUCAAGUGGUUCACUUCUGCUACAGAUGCAGACAUGACUCUCACACUGGCCAGAAUACAGGACAGAACAGGAGCAACAACGCCAGGUAGCCGGGGUUUGUCUUUGUUCUAUGCAGAAGUGAGUAGAGAUGAGGAUGGCCGGCUGAAGGGUAUAGAGGUUCAGAGGCUGAAGGACAAGCUGGGUACAAGACAGAUGCCGACUGCUGAGUUGCUGCUGGAUGGCCUGCAGGCACACAAGCUUUCAGUGGAAGGGAAAGGUGUGGCCUCAAUAGCUAACAUGCUGACUAUAACCCGGAUACACAACAGCAUCUCUGCAGCAGCUGCAAUGAGAAGGGUAGUGCAGUUAGCUCGUGACUAUGCCACCCGCCGGACCGCCUUCGGAAAGCUUCUUAAAGACCACUCACUGCACAUGCAGACUCUCUCUAGGAUGGAGGUGGAGACUCGUGGAGCGUUCCUUAUGGUGAUGGAUGUGUGUCGUCUGUUGGGCCGAGAGGAAAGCGGCAUUGCGACCGAGCUUGAUACACACCUGCUACGUCUGCUCACUCCUGUGGUCAAACUAUACACUGGGAAGCAGGUGGUGGCUGUGGUGUCAGAGGGUUUGGAAAGUUUCGGUGGACAGGGCUACAUCGAGGAUACUGGGCUGCCUGGGCUACUUCGUGAUGCACAGGUGUUGAGUAUUUGGGAAGGUACUACAAAUGUCCUGUCUCUGGAUGUGCUGCGCUGUAUGGCUCGUAGCUCAGGAAUGGUUCUUCGUGCUUACUUCACCCAUAGCAAGUCCCUGCUUGCAGGUGCAUCAGGUGUUUCCUCAUUGGCCCCAGCUGUGAAAGCAGUGGAGGGGGCUCUCUCUGAACUGGAGGCCUUUGUUCAGGUAGCGGCUACCAGAGCACCCUCCUACCUGGAGCUGGCAGCCAGAGACCUGGCAUACAGCCUGGCUCGCAUCUACGCGGGUGCCCUGCUCAUUGACCAUGCAUGUUGGAAAGGCGCCUCUCCAUCUGACACCUACGCAGCUCUCAGAUGGUGUGAACACGACUUGUGUCCCGUGGUCACUAAGCAGGCGAGAGGCUGCUACGAUCCCAGCACUCCACCACUUGAUGCUGCGCUGGUGUUUGACGGGCUUAUUCAAGACUGAAUGUUCACUGAAUGUGCCUUACAUUUAUUCUGUAGUGGAUGUAGUUACGGUAGCCUACUUUUUGUUUGUUUGUUUGUUUGUUUUGUGGAUGACUGAGACCAUUUUUGUAUUAAAAAUAAUUAAGAUCCACUUCUAUAUAUGCAUCACAAAAAAUCACGAGCCAUAACUCCACUUAUAGCUGGUGAUUGUAGCAUAUUUUCAGUCCACAAAAUAACAAGAGCACAGGAAAAAAAGAAAAACCGACUGACGAAGAUGCCGGAAGAGCCAAGUUUUACUUACAUGCUGCAUUCGAGGACUGUUGGGGAAGAAUUUAAAAGGAUAUGUCAGCGUUAAAACAAUGGAAAAUACAUUAAUAACUUUGUAAGUUUGUACUAUUUGUACGCCGCUUAAUAAUUUUAUCUGUGACGACAUUGCUUCGCUUGUGUUUUUAUUAUAGUUGUGUUUUAUUGUGGCAAACUGUGUCUGAAAUAAAUGCAGUAGUUUGGGGGAAUUAAUAAAUAAAGAAUAUAAAAAAUA